AUGUCGGAUCCAUUGUCGAUCGCCGCCAGCAUUGCGGGGGUCGCUGGAUUAGCUGACAUCGUAUUCAAUCGCCUUGUCAAGUACGGGAGAAUGGUCAAGAAUGCGGAGAAGGAGAUCAAGGACCUUGUAAAAGAGGUUGAUCUACUUACUGGCGCUCUCGAAAGCCUUAAACGACUCGCAAGGCUUCUCGAAGAUGGAGACUUUGAAGAAAGCCUUCGAAUGAAUCAUAUCGAUGCUUGCAAUAGCGUAUUGAUGGAGAUGGACAAGAAACUGAGGAAGGUGGAUGAGAAGUCUGUGAGACAGCGGCUUCUGUGGCCGUUCAAGAAUGAACGCGUCAAGGAAUGGUUGGAAGAAUUAUCCCGACACAGGGAAAGCAUCAACCUAGCUUUAUCCGCCAACUCACUGGAUGCUAUGUUGCGGGUCCUCGCACAGGCUGACCGCAAUGCCUCAGAGAUCGUUGCGGAGGUCAAGGAAACACGCAAGAUUACCAGCCGAAUCCACCAAGAUUCAGAACGCCAAAAAGUGCUGGAUUUCUUCCUGAAGUACAAUCCCCAGCAAAAUUACGACAUGAGUCUCCAAUUACGCCAUCCGAGAACUGGACUUUGGCUGCAAAGGCUGCCCGAGUUCCAACACUGGCUACAACAUCCCGACUCCAAGUUAUGGCUGAAAGGAAUCCCGGGAGCUGGAAAGACCGUGCUUGCGGGUUCAAUCAUAGAGGCGGCGAUGGGAAAGAGCACAGAGACCAUCCCGUCUGCUUUCUUUUUCUGCGACUACAAGGAACCACAGACACACGAAGUUGAAACAAUUCUAAUGGCUCUCGUCUAUCAACUUGCCAUCCAGAAUGAAGAGGCGUACAAGAGACUAGAAAGAUAUUACGAAGAACUCCAUCCAUCCCGUGGCCUGCCCAAGGCUCCCAAGGCCACAGCGUUGGAACGGCUUCUGAAUGAAAUGGUUCAACUGUACGAUCAUGUGUAUUUGGUCGUUGAUGGACUGGAUGAGUGCGGAACGCGCGUCGAUGAGGUAGUCGAAACUCUUUGCGACAUUUCAGAGGAGACGGAGAAUAUUUCUAUGGCUCUUCUGAGCCGCGACGAAGAUGAAAUUCGAGAUCGUUUGAUGUACGACUUUGUCUCUGUCGAAAUCGCCGCACACAAGGAAGACAUUACGGAGUACGUCACGGCGGAAAUUGCAGAGCGGAUUGGAAACCGAAAGCUUCAUAUCCAAGACCCAGAUCUCAGAGGAGAGAUACUGCAAGGGUUGGUUGGCGGCGCCAAAGGAAUGUAA